GAAUGAAAGAGGUAGCGCUGCUUCUAUUUAUUCUACAGUUGAGGGGCAGUCUGUGCUCUCCUGACGCAGUUCGCAUUCCACACGCAAAUUUGAACGUGUCGUCAAAAACAAAUUUUGCAGGAUGUCUAAAGAUAUUCCCCGUGAGCCAGAGCAGCUUCGCAAGCUGUUCAUUGGAGGAUUGAGCUUUGAGACCACAGACGAGAGUUUGCGGGCCCAUUUCGAGCAAUGGGGUAGUCUUACAGAUUGUGUGGUGAUGAGAGACCCCGGCAGCAAGAGAUCCAGGGGUUUUGGCUUUGUCACUUACUCAUCAGUACAGGAGGUUGAUUCUGCCAUGGGUGCCCGUCCCCACAAGGUUGAUGGAAGAGUGGUUGAACCCAAGCGAGCAGUCUCUAGAGAGGAUUCCAACCGACCAGGUGCUCAUGUAACUGUGAAGAAAAUAUUUGUCGGGGGUAUUAAAGAGGACACGGAGGAAUCGCAUCUACGCGAUUACUUCCAGGAGUUUGGAAAAAUUGAGGUCAUUGAAAUAAUGAAUGAUCGCAACACUGGCAAGAAGAGGGGAUUUGCUUUUGUGACCUUUGAUGACCACGACUCAGUCGACAGGAUUGUCAUCCAGAAAUAUCACACAAUUAAUUCACACAACUGUGAAGUAAGAAAGGCCCUCCCAAGACAGGAUAUGCAGUCAGGAAUGGGUAUGAGAGGAGGAUUUUCAGGUGGUCGGAGUGGUGGAGGCAGGCCCUAUGACUAUGACAGAGGUUUCAACCAGGGCGGCAGGGGCCGAUAUGGAGACAGCCAUUACAACUGCAAUGGAGGUGAUGGUGGUUAUGGAGGUGGUCCUGGUGGAUACAACAAUGGAGGUAGCCGUGGCUAUAACCAGGGCUACAGCCAGGGUGGGGGUGGCGGUGGUGGCUAUGGUGGAAAUGGCUAUGACAGCAACGGUUAUGGCAACUGCGGUGGAGGCGGCGGUGGUGGAAACUACAACAUGGGCCACUACGACUCGCAGUCCUCUAACUUCGGUCCAAUGAAGAACAACUUUGGUGGUGGUGGUGGUGGUGGUGGUGGUGGCAGGAGCUAUGGUGGCUAUGGAGGAAGCUCAAACAGUGGAUAUGGACGUCAAGGGCGGUUUUGAAGUGACAAAAUGGACUGAGUACUUAGGAGAGGAAGUGACAGCAAGAGGAGAGCAAGGAGAGGAAGUGACAGGGCAGCUGCAGGUUUACCUCCUAAAUCUGCUCAGCCAAACACUUGUGGCAGAUUACAGCUGCUACAAGAGAUGUUGUACAAUAGCUAAAUUGUGGAGGGUUUUCAUUUAAGCGUUCUUGUGUUUUUUCAUCUGUUUCUGGAAAGCAAGCAUUCCAAUGAGGGUUUUAUGUAGAUUUUGUUUUGUUCAAAAUCUGGUUUUAUUUGUAAUUGCACCCAAGUCAAGCUGAAAUAAACAAACUUUCAGUUUUUUUAAACAAACUUUUAGCUUCCUUUUUAGUGGUUUUGGGGAGGGGUGGUAUGAAAAUUGAUGCAUACAGCUGGGUUGAGGUCUGUUGUAUGAGCAUCCAUGCAAUAGUCACCACAUGGCGAGAGCCAUAAAUACAUGCGCCUUCUACUGGUUGAGGGACACGUGAGGGUACAGACUCAACCCUGAGCGCAGCGCAGCACAGAACAUCUGGAGGAUGCUAGCUUACAUGCAAAGUCUUGUGAGGCUAGCCAUGGAAGCCAGCUGAGGGAGAGAAGUAGCAGUCAUCGCCAGGAUCAUUGAAGCAGGGGAGAGUGAGAACAGAAGCCUGAGGCUAGCAGGCAGCAGCUACCAAAGGCUUAAAUGCUGCCUGUAGGUAAGACCAGACUUCUCAACUACUGACAGUACACCUUGCUUUACCAUGUAGCUGGUAGUAAGAUGUGUAGCACAGUAAUGAUUAAACUAUUAAUUGUGAAAACAAUCUUAAUGAGUUGGUCAAUGGGCCGUCUAAUGGCGUAAUUGUCAACACAUUUGCAUGCAAUGAGUGAAUGAAAAUGCAUGUUGAGUAUUUCCUGUUGACUAUGUUUCUGCUUUCAGGACGUGCAGUGCUGUGUGCUCUCGGUGGGGACCAACUUCAUAUGACAACAGAUAAUCAGAAUUCCACAGAAUGAUGAAUUGGUGCUGAAGAUAUUCGUCCAGGUCAGACUAGAGCUCUAUCUAGUCGAGAACAAGAGCAGAGACAUCUAAGAUGUGUUUUUGGGGGGGACUAUUUUUGUACUUUUUGUUUUUUUAAAUAAAAUUUUAUUUUUUUUUUAUAAAACAUGUCUUGUGAUUUAUUUGUACAUAAAUUGUGUACAUUAUAUAAAAUCUCCAGAUUUUA